CUCCUCACAGCACAGGGAGGGACACUGAAGGAGAAAGUAUGUGAGAAGGAGUGUGUGAGAGAGAGAGUAUGAGGAUGAGAGUUGAUAUUUGAGGGAGAGCUGAUGGUGUCGUUGGCCCGUGUGGCCACAUGGAUUCACACUAUACGUGUGUGUAGAGCAACAGAUACAAACCAAACGUAUCUGUUUAAAUGAGCGGUGAAGAUUGAUGAGGAGAUCCUGAUCCUGGACCAUUUCAGUUGAAGGUUGGACCGGUUCUGAUGUGGCUUCGUAGGAGGUAGACUCACCUCGACCAACAUCUCCUGGACAAAACAUCCUGGACAGAUCUACUAGUUCUCAUCUAUGAGACAGUAACCUACUUUAACAAAACUACAGCCCGACUGGAGUUUGAACGCAUCUUUCCUGGCUUGCUGGCUGCAGAGUCUGGAUAUUUGUGAACGAUGAGUCAGUGUGAUCCCUCAGCUGACAGAAAUAGAGUUUCAGAAAGUCCCCACAAAGUCUAUAAACACAGCAGAGAGAGAGGAGGGUGACCCUGCUGCUAACACUGCACUGAAAACCCCAGUGCCCACCUACCCACACCAGAUAUCAAGAACGCCUCAAAGCACCUGAGCAUCCAGAUAUUCUCCCACAUGUUCGUCGAGGAGUUUCAACAUCGUUUGAGCAGAGAGGCAAAGACAUUUAUUUAUGAUUGAAGAUCUGACUGUGGAGGCGGCAGUGUUUUCCAGGACCACAACAGUCUUGUGACUUUAUCUGAAGUGUGUGAGUGCAAAGCAAAACUAGAGGUGAGUGACGAGGUCGCAGAGAGGCAGAGGCUGAGUGAAGCUGCUUCAUAGGAGGAGUGAGAUGUCGUCAAGACGCUGGAUUACAUCACAGGACGUGAAACCUGAGCUGGUUAGACUUUAAACUCCACAUCAUCCUCUAUUGUGUAACUCCUGGACAUCCAAAAUCUCCCUGAGGAACUUACCUCUUAAAGAUCUCACUGUACACUGACUUCUUGACUUCUCCUACACGCGCCCAGUCAUGGAUUCACAGGGUGGUCCAUACCUCAACAAGAAGGCACUCUUCUCACCUCUGGGUGCAGCCCGCCUCUGUCAGCUAGCUAUGGGCUGUGCUGUGAUUGCCAUGGUAACCCACAGCGCCGGAUACAGUGGUUCACAGGGUGUGUUCUGCAUGGCAGCAUGGUGCUGCUGCUUCGCUAUGUCGGUUGUGGUGUUCUUUUUGGACGCCACUCGUCUCUACAGCUGCCUCCCCGUCUCCUGGGACAACCUGACGGUCACGUGCGCUGCCUUCGCCACACUCAUGUAUGUGACAGCCUCUGUGGUCUACCCACUCUUCUUUGUUCGGAUUGAGUGCCCCUACGCCGGCUGCGAUGUCCGAAAUUUUCGCAUUGCUGUCACCGUCUGCUCCAUCCUGGGUGUUCUAGCCUACGGAGCUGAAGUGGCUUGGUGCCGAGCCAGGCCAGGCCAGGCUGUUGUGGGCUACAUGGCCACCGUCUCCGGCCUCCUCAAAGUGGUUCAGGGCUUCGUUGCCUGCAUCAUUUUUGGAGCUUUGGCCAACGGGAGCGAGUACUCCCGCUAUGCUGCUACAAUCUACUGCGUUGUCGUCUAUGCUUUCUGCUUCGCUCUGACUGCAGUGGUGGUCAUGAUGACUGUGUGUGGGCGGACCAAAGCCGUACGCUGCAUGCCCUUCGACCGCUUCGUGGUGGUGUGCACGCUCCUGGAAGUUCUGCUCUACCUGAGUGCAUCAGUGGUGUGGCCGGUGUUCUGCUUUGACACGAAAUACGGCUCCCCCUGGAGACCAUCGUCAUGUCCACGGGGAAAGUGUCCGUGGGACAGCAAGGUUGCGGUGGCGGUGUUUUCUUUCGUUAACUUUGGACUGUAUGUGGCGGAUCUGAUCUACUCCCAGAGGUUACGAUUCGUCUCCUCACAUUUGUCCACUAACUCUCGGGUGUAGCACCACAUGGAACCAUUAUUUAGCGUCACUGGCUUGACAGUUUUUAAGUUAUUCAUUUCACAGCUUAUGAGUUUGUUAGUGCAUUUAUUUGAUAUUGAAAGACACAGAAAUGAUAGAGGGGGAGAAAUGAAUAAGAGGCCCAUAACAUCAUUGGUGGUGCACAUGUUACACCACUGAGGCAGCAGACACCCCAAACUCAAUCUGUGGAAUGUGAACUCUGAGUUUUUACUACUACGACCUCUGCCACACCCCACUGAUGUGACACCCCUUCCCUCUAACUGGACCCCUCUGCCCUCUGAGAGAUUCAGGGAGCAGCCAGAUCCUCAUGAAGCAGGACACUCCCACUGUUCUUGAUCCGUGGCACAACACACACUUACUUGCUGCUUGUAUUUCUGUUCAAAUAAUAAUACAAAAAAAAAAAAAACCGUCUUGAGUAUAAAUAGCAAAUCGGACACUGGAAUCUGUGGUAUCCUUGUCAACCGAAAACCCCACACCAGCGAUCGACGGACAUUACCCGGCCUGCCAAAAAUAAACAGGAGCUGUCUGCAUUCAUAUCUAAGCUGUGAGACAGCAUUUAGAAGACUCGUGUCUCUCUGUGAAACGGUUUCCCUCAGUCUAUGAAAACAAAUAAAACCUAUUUCGAAAACCAGACGUCUCUUUCUACCUGCAGUUUUAGUUUGAAAACACAACAAUGUUCACAGUUGCACAAUUUGGACACGGUCAGUGCGACCCAGGACAGUCACAGGAGUUGGUCAAUAUGACCCUAAAUAUGUCCUUAACUAACAGAUCUAACGCCACAAGACUAUUUACUUUACUACGUUUACACCGGCAGAUGAAAAUGAUCUGUGUGGUCAGAUGGUUUUUAUGUUGUCUAGUGUAUUGAGACAGUAAAUGUUUUUACACACUGACAUUAAGCUACUAUAAACUAUAUACUCUGACUAUGUAUAAUGUGACUUGCAUCUUCUUAUGAAGUUUAAUUGGCAGCAGCUUUCCGAAGUUGGAGUCCGAUUUUACGUCAAGCGGUGCACAUAUUGUAUCAUUGCCUAUUAGUAUAAAAGUACUAUAGUGACGAGCCUUCAGAGAAUUAUCACCAGUCUCUGCAGCUGCUCUCAGCAUUUUAGCUUCAUUCAGCUCAUUGUUUAGCAACUUUUCUCAGCGCUCACACCAGCAUCAGUUCUUGCCUACAGCCGUAAAUUGUUGCUGUUUUAAUAUAACGGGCUCUCAUCAAUCGACCGUACACUACCUGCCCAGCACCAAACAUAAGAUAAGAUAUUCCUUUAUUUGUCUCACAGUGGGGAAAUCUGCAGUGUUACAGCAGCAAAGUGACAGUACAAAGACAGAAAACCUGCAAAAUCACAGUGCCAAGUACAUAAAAAAGAUAAAUGUAAUAAUAUAAUACAUACAAUUAGACAUUAAAUAUAACAAAACACAAGACAAUAGCAGGAGGUAAGUGAUAUAUUAUAAACAAGCAAAGUCAGAGACCAGAACAUAGUGAAGCAUUUAGCAGCUUUAACUGCUGAACAAAGAUCAGCUGAGUUGGGCUCAAAUUUUAUCUAAGUCUGCACACAUACCAGAGAAUGUAAUUCGUUCUGAAUGCUUGUGCCACACCAGCUUCGUUAUGUGCACAUAAUACACAACCUGAGGGAUGAUAGGUGGAGAUUUGUAAACGUAAUUCUUAAAUGAUCUCUGAAAUAGGGAGGUGGAUGAUUAAUACAGGGCUCGGUUCACAGUGUAUAAGCUUCUCCCGUUUCCUCUCCAUCAUUACCUCACGUCUAAUGUGUUCAACACAUCAUCAUACACAGUCUAUAACUUCGGGCUCAGACUAGUCCUCAGUCAUUAAUUUGCUAGACAGUGUGUCUUUCUACCCUGUCAUCCCUGCAGCCUCUGGGGUGAAGAAGGAGAGACAGAGGCCUCUCUGGCUGCCACCUUCUCUGUCAGCAGUGUUAUAGUGUUAUUUUUGACAGGAAUAAAACAGAAGAAGGGAUCUCA